CAAGAAGAAGAAGAAGAAGAAACAAAACCGAGACGUCAAGGGAGACAAGCGGAGUGUUUUGAAACGGUACGUUCUUCGUCACGGUAACGUGUGCACCACAUGCGUACAUGCGUGCGACGUAAAUGCAGUCGUCCAAGAGAGACCGAGACAGAGAGAGAAGGAAGAGAAGAUGGAAAAGACCGGGAGAGAGACGAGGAGGACUUUGUCAUCAUCGUCGUCGUCGUCGUCGGCAACGGCGGCAAUGAGUGCACUGGGAGAGACCUUGACAACCGAGGAGCGCUACCAUUUUCGCGGCAUAGUAGUAAAUCGACGCAGGUGUGGGUCGACUGCACGGUGCAACAGGCCACGCGAGUAUACAUACAACGCACAGGGUGCGGCACGAAGGGGUGCGGGCUUUUUCACGACGAGAAAAAAUUAAGGGCAGCAGGGGAAGAAUCACGAAGACCGAUCUCCAAUUUGCGAAUUCCGAAGACGAAGUAUGAUUUCCUCAAAGUGAGCAUUGAUCAUUGAUGCACCUACAAUGAUCCUCUGUGAAUGAGAUCCAAGAGAUCCAUAUCGCUUAACAAGAGUGAGGAAACUGUGUGAUUAUAUUUUUUUUACAUUUAUCAAGAUGUAAUUACCAGAAAAAGAGAUCUGAUCUGGAUAAAACAGUUUGAAGUAAA